CUCUCUCUCUCUCUCUCUCACACACACACACACACACACGCACAGCACGCUACACCAUGGUGGUUCAGGCUGCAGUGGCUCCGAAUAGAUCCCAGAGACUUUUACUGAAAAUACCUUAUGGAUCCCUGAGAAGGCGCAGCGUGGAGAGGAUGACGGAGGGCCGUCGAUGUCAAGUACAUCUUCUCGAUGACAGGAAGCUGGAACUCCUGGUGCAGCCCAAGCUUUUGGCCAAGGAGCUUCUCGACCUCGUGGCAUCUCACUUCAAUCUGAAGGAAAAGGAAUACUUUGGAAUAGCGUUCACCGAUGAGACGGGACAUUUGAACUGGCUCCAGCUAGAUCGGAGGGUGUUGGAACAUGACUUCCCUAAGAAGUCCGGACCCGUGGUGUUGUACUUCUGUGUCAGGUUCUACAUAGAGAGCAUUUCCUACCUGAAGGACAAUGCCACCAUCGAGCUCUUCUUCCUGAACGCCAAGUCCUGUAUCUACAAGGAGCUUAUUGACGUCGACAGUGAAGUGGUGUUUGAAUUAGCUUCCUAUAUCUUACAGGAGGCAAAGGGAGAUUUUUCCAGCAAUGAAGUCGUACGGAAUGACUUGAAGAAGCUGCCAGCCCUUCCCACCCAAGCGCUGAAGGAGCACCCUUCCCUGGCCUACUGCGAAGACAGAGUCAUCGAGCACUACAAGAAGCUGAACGGGCAGACGAGAGGCCAAGCAAUUGUCAACUACAUGAGCAUCGUGGAGUCUCUGCCAACCUACGGGGUGCACUAUUACGCAGUGAAGGACAAACAGGGGAUACCAUGGUGGCUGGGACUGAGCUACAAAGGAAUCUUCCAGUAUGACUACCACGACAAAGUGAAGCCAAGGAAGAUCUUCCAAUGGAGGCAGUUGGAAAACCUGUAUUUCCGAGAGAAGAAGUUUUCUGUGGAAGUUCAUGACCCACGCAGGGCCUCGGUGACCAGGAGGACGUUCGGGCACAGUGGCAUUGCAGUGCACACGUGGUAUGCGUGUCCAGCGUUGAUCAAGUCCAUCUGGGCUAUGGCCAUUAGCCAGCACCAGUUCUACCUGGACAGAAAGCAGAGUAAGUCCAAAAUCCAUGCAGCGCGAAGCCUAAGUGAGAUCGCCAUUGACCUGACCGAGACCGGGACGCUGAAGACCUCGAAGCUAGCCAACAUGGGGAGCAAAGGGAAGAUCAUCAGCGGGAGCAGCGGGAGCCUGCUGUCCUCAGGUUCUCAGGAAUCAGAUAGCUCUCAGUCGGCCAAGAAAGACAUGCUGGCUGCCUUGAAGUCCAGGCAGGAGGCCCUGGAGGAGACGCUGCGCCAGAGGUUGGAGGAACUCAAGAAGCUGUGUCUCCGUGAGGCCGAGCUCACGGGGAAGCUGCCCGUUGAAUACCCACUGGAUCCCGGCGAGGAACCACCCAUUGUUCGGCGAAGAAUAGGGACCGCCUUCAAGCUAGAUGAACAGAAAAUCCUUCCUAAGGGAGAGGAAGCUGAACUGGAACGCCUGGAAAGAGAGUUUGCCAUUCAGUCCCAGAUUACGGAGGCUGCCCGCCGCCUGGCCAGUGACCCCAACGUCAGCAAGAAACUGAAGAAACAAAGGAAGACCUCGUACUUGAAUGCACUGAAGAAGCUGCAGGAGAUCGAAAACGCCAUCAACGAGAACCGCAUCAAGUCGGGGAAGAAACCCACGCAGAGGGCUUCGCUCAUCAUAGAUGAUGGAAACAUUGCCAGUGAAGACAGCUCCCUUUCCGAUGCCCUUGUUCUGGAGGACGAUGACUCUCAGGUUACCAGCACAAUAUCCCCUUUACAGUCCCCUCACAAGGGACUGCCGCCUCGGCCACCGUCGCACAACAGACCCCCGCCUCCCCAGUCCCUGGAGGGACUCAGGCAGAUGCACUAUCACCGUAACGACUAUGACAAGUCACCCAUAAAGCCUAAGAUGUGGAGUGAGUCCUCUUUGGACGAGCCUUACGAGAAGGUCAAGAAACGCUCCUCCCACAACCAUUCCAGUAGCCACAAGCGCUUCCCCAGCACAGGAAGCUGUGCCGAAGCAGGAGGAGGAAGCAGCUCCUUGCAGAACAGCCCGAUCCGCAGCCUCCCUCACUGGAACUCCCAGUCCAGCAUGCCGUCCACACCAGACCUGCGGGUCCGGAGCCCCCACUACGUCCAUUCCACAAGGUCGGUGGAUAUCAGCCCCACGCGACUGCACAGCCUCGCCCUGCACUUUAGGCACCGAAGCUCCAGCUUGGAGUCCCAGGGCAAGCUCCUGGGCUCGGAGAACGACACGGGGAGCCCUGACUUCUACACCCCGCGGACUCGUAGCAGCAAUGGCUCGGAUCCCAUGGACGACUGCUCAUCGUGCACCAGCCACUCGAGCUCAGAGCACUACUACCCAGCGCAGAUGAAUGCCAACUACUCAACGCUGGCCGAGGACUCACCAUCCAAGGCACGCCAGCGGCAGCGGCAGCGGCGACGCGUGGCAGGUGCCCUGGGCGCCGCAGCCUCCGGCAGCCUCCCCAACCUGGCGGCGCGGGGUGGUGCCAGUGGGGCAGGUGGUGCUGGCGGCGUCUACCUGCACAGCCAGAGCCAGCCCAGCUCGCAGUACCGCAUCAAGGAGUACCCGCUGUACAUCGAGGGCAGCGCCACGCCGGUGGUAGUGCGCAGCCUGGAGAGCGACCAGGAGGGCCACUACAGCGUCAAGGCCCAGUUCAAGACCUCCAACUCAUACACGGCCGGCGGCCUCUUCAAGGAGAGCUGGCGCAGUGGCGAUGAGGGCGACGCGGGCCGCCUGACGCCAUCGCGCUCCCAGAUCCUGAGGACUCCGUCGCUGGGCCGCGAAGGUGCCCACGACAAGGGCACAGGCCGCUCGGCGGUGUCGGAUGAGCUGCGCCAGUGGUACCAGCGCUGCAGCGCCUCGCACAAGGAGCACAGCCGCCUGUCACACACCAGCUCCACCUCCUCCGACAGCGGCUCACAGUACAGCACCUCGUCCCAGAGCACCUUCGUGGCGCACAGCAGGGUCACCAGGAUGCCUCAGAUGUGCAAGGCCACGUCAGCUGCCUUACCUCAAAGCCAGAGAAGCUCAACACCAUCGAGUGAAAUUGGAGCCACCCCCCCAAGCAGUCCUCACCACAUCCUGACUUGGCAGACUGGGAGCUACAACGACAGCUGUUUCCUGGAUUCCUCCCUCUAUCCAGAACUAGCUGACGUCCAGUGGUACGGGCAGGAAAAAGCCAAGCCCGGGACCCUCGUGUGAGCCAGCCCGGCCAGAUCUGACCACCUCGACACCAUUCGGAGUCACCUCACUGCCUCUCAUUUGCCUUACCCAGACGCACUGUCACCUGCACCAGCUUCGGCCCUCAGCACUUUUUCUUUCCCGUCUCCGCAUCCCUUUCACCCUCCAAAACCUGACUGAGGAGACAUUCUGGAAGGUUCCGGUCCCACUGUGUGUCCCCUGGCUCUCUUGGCCAGAGAGAGCCAGACAGCAAUCCUCAAUGGCACCUCGGUGGCUUCCCUGUGCCAUGACAGUCCCCAGGCCAGGAACUGUCAGGGAAGCCAGCCAGCUGGCAUCAAAUUCCUGCGGACAAGUGGCACUGAUAGAGAACAGGACAGGGGCCUCAAGUACUGGGUGAUCCAAAAGGACGAUGAAGCUGUGUCCAGGCUGCCCAGAGACAGCCUGCCAAGCACUUCACGCAGAGGACACCUCAUGGGGAUGUUUGAACUACAUCUGAAAUACCCCUUCAUGAGACAGUUUGGGGGAAUGGCUGUAGGGGAGAUUGACACAGGAAGUGUAAUGUUUAGAUGAGCAUCAGAAGACCACAAUAAGUUCUGUGCUGCCAAAGAUGAAACAAAUUACAAAAAUAUAAGAGGAGCCAAGAAGACACUCUGCAAUGAAAUUUCUUUUAAAUUCUAAACUGCGACUACACCCCACAAGUCAAAGUCACAAGUUUGUAAAUUGCAUCCUGUCUCUCUCUCUCCCAUCUCGGGUCCACGUCCCACUCAGUAGACAGGCUGGAAGGGACCCCAACAAACAGGGCAAAAACGAGGGAGUCUUGGCUGGCAUUGCUGCCCCAGAGUCUGCAGCAGUCUGGACAGGAAGGAAGCCUGGCCCACAGGGAGUAGCAGAGGGUGCUGGUAGCCCUGGUCCGUGCAGGGGACUCAGCCCGUAGCCCCAGCCCCAAAGCUGCUUUCCUUUUGGGAUUUGUAGUAAACAUAAGGUGGUAAUUGCCAAAAGUGGUUCUCAUUAAAUCAACCAGUAAAUGUGUAUCCUGUGUUUUUGCACAACGCGUUUCAUUUUCUUUUUUUAUGGGAAGCCAAGGGAAAAGCACAUUGCCAUCCAUUUGAGUGUUAACUGUUGUGGCUUGUUUUAUGUUUGUUAGCACUUGUGUGACAAAGAGCUCAGAUACCUGUCACUUAUUCAAAGGACCCAACUAUGCCCUUAGGCAGGGAGAUUUUACUCAUUUGUCUACCAGCUGGCAGGCAGAGCAGGGUUGAAAAACGUAUCAGCUCCCGAAGGGCCCAGCUACCUAUAAGACGACCGUUCCCUUGCUGCACCACGUUGGUCCUCAAAUACCCAAAGAGGAAGAAAGAAGGCGGAAAAGUACCAUGUGGGAGCUGCUUGUUUACAUGUGUUUUGAGCUACGCUUAAUACACACCUGGAAAGCCAUCAAUCUUCAAAGGCCUCAAAAAACAUUUUUCUAAUAACUAACAAGUGCACAAUCGUAGUUGGGUUAUUCAAGAUGGCACAAGAAGGUCUCUGCAGAGGUGGUGUGUUGUGCUUGUUGGCGCAAGUCAGGGGGGUGGGAGGGGCUUUUUUUUCUUCCUUGUGAUGAUUUCCUGUUGGAAAGGCAUUUCACUGCCAGGGACAGGAGCCAGGGUGGGGGUCAUUUCGUGGGAAAGCAGAAUUGAAGUUAGCUUUAGCAUAAAAAGGAAAAAAAAAAAAAACAAACUUUGUUUUUCAUGUCUGUGUAAUCCAAGAAUAACAAUAGACUCUACCAGACCAGGAGGAUAAGAAUGGGCACUCAAAGGCAAUCCUUAACCCUAGUGCUCCGUCUGCUGGGGCCUGAAAAGCUUUGUAAGGAGAGUCAAGCUGGAGACCCAGGCUGGGCUGGCAUCAGGCCGGCCGCAGCUGCUGCCACCAUGGCUCUGGGGACCAGUCAGGGCCAGCAUCUGCAGAUCCUGUGCAAGGAUGGGCUGGGACUCUAGCUUGCAGAAGGCAUUAACAGUCCCAGAACACUUUGGUUUUGUUACUAAAUAAAUGAGUCUAGGGCAUGAUUAGGAGGUCUUUUUGUUGCUCUUAUUUUGAUGGCCAGAACUACGAACAGCAGGGUUUGUAAAAUUUCCUUUCCUGAUCCAGAAACAUGGCACAAUUGGGCCAUUUUCCAUUCUCCUAAAAGGUAAAUGAUUAGACUGAACUAUGUGCAAAAGGGAACUAGAAAUGGCAGUGAGGUUGCAUGGUACAGGUUUUACAACACACAGUAGUCUGAAGUCAAUGGGAUCAAGCUUACAAGGAAUGCAAGUUACAAGGAAUAUGAGGCAGACAUUCUAAGAACUUAGUUUUAGAUUUGGAGAGGCAGAGAAGUAUGGAAUGGAAGCAGGAAUUACAGUUCCAGCAAACAUCAUGAUAGUCUGGUAGUAAAGACAGAAAUUAAGUAAAACAGGUUUUACUGUUUAGCUGUGUUCAGUUAAUACAAAAUGUACAUAAAGUGUUGGUCCUUGGAGACUGACAUGAUCAAUGAUCAGUGUGAUGAGAAAUGAUGUAGUUAUUGUAUACAAGCACUUGAAAACUCUUUAUAUAGCCCUAUUUCUUUAAAACAGAAUACCAUGAACUAUAAAGCUCCUGGUCUGAUAUGAAGCCCCUAUUGGAUUCCUUGGAUACAUGUGAGAAGCGGCCUGUGUAAACCAGGAGACUGGUGAACACCCGUACAUCAGACCAUGUUGUGAGCCAGGUUGACUUUUUUAUUUUAUUAUAUUCAGGUGAGUGUGGAAACUGUUACAAUUCCAGUUUGUUUUCAUUCAGUAUUAGUUUAGUUCUAACUAUAGCAAAUCCCAUCCAGGUGCUAUCAGAUGACCAAUUACUGCUUAGUUAACUAGGUGUAAAAUUUUACAUAUAUAUUAAUGUCAUUAGUUUACUACAAGUUGUGUAAAAUGGACUCUAGUUUAAUAAUGGGGAAAAAGGUUUAGGUUGCUCCUGAAACUGACUGUAGAGCAUGUAAAAUGACUUUACUGGAUUCUGUUCAACUGUAAUCAAAAGAUGGAUGUUGUAGACAAAGUUGCAGAAUUAAAAAAAGAAAUCUGCUUUUAAUUUAUUCUUUUUGUAUUGAGAAUUUGUAUAGUACCUUUACAUUUUGCAA